AUGGCUGAACAAAGCCCAGAUUUUUACUCUCACAAACUCCCCUCCUCUUCCCAGGUGGUGGAGGAGCUGAAGGAACUAUGGUCAAUGGCACUGCCAAUAACAGCAAUGAAUUGUCUAGUCUACAUCCGAGCCGUGGUUUCUGUCUUGUUCUUGGGUCGGCUUGGGAACCUCGAGCUAGCCGGAGGUUCCCUCUCCAUUGGCUUCACAAACAUCACUGGCUAUUCUGUUUUAGUAGGUUUGGCUUCUGGGCUUGAGCCAGUUUGCAGCCAAGCUUAUGGUAGCAAAAACUGGGAUCUUCUGUUUGUCUCUCUCCACCGUAUGAUCUUAAUACUUUUCUUGGCUAUCAUUCCAAUCAGUUUUCUUUGGAUUAAUCUUGAAUCCAUCAUGAUUUUCAUGGGACAAGACAAAGACAUUACCUUAAUGGCUGCUAAGUAUUGUAUCUAUUCCCUGCCUGACCUGUUGACCAACACUUUGUUACAACCUUUGAGGGUUUAUUUAAGGUCACAAGGGGUUACUAAACCUCAAAUGUGGUGUACUUUCGUGGCCGUGAUAUUCCACGUGCCAUUGAAUUAUUUUCUUGUCGUGGUUAUGGGUUUGGGGGUUCCCGGGGUGGCGAUGGCUUCGGUGUUGACAAACCUGCAUAUGAUGCUGCUGAUGAUGGGGUAUGUGUACUCCUAUGGGAGGUGGGAAUGGAAGUUGAAGGCGGGGAUUGGUGGAGUGUGUGGUGGGUUGGGGCCGUUGCUUAAGUUUGCUGUGCCUAGUUGCAUUGGAAUUUGUUUAGAGUGGUGGUGGUAUGAGAUUGUGACGGUUUUGGCUGGAUAUUUGCCUAAUCCUCAACUCGCGGUGGCUGCAACCGGGAUACUCAUCCAGACCACUAGCCUUAUGUACACCGUGCCAAUGGCCUUGGCUGGCUGUGUCUCAGCGAGGGUGGGGAAUGAGUUGGGAGCUGGGAUGCCGUACAAAGCAAAGCUGGCUGCAAUGGUUGCAUUGGCAUGUGCAUUUGUGAUUGGAAUUGUCAAUGUUAUUUGGACAUCGAUAUUUCGGACAAGUUGGGGUGGCCUAUUCACCAAAGACGAAAACCUUAAAUCUCUUGUAGCAUCCGUUUUGCCAGUCAUUGGCUUAUGUGAGCUUGGGAACUGUCCACAAACCACCGGCUGUGGCAUUCUACGUGGCGUAGCCAGGCCAGUUGUGGGUGCCCGUAUCAACCUUGGCUCGUUUUAUUUCGUGGGCACUCCCAUAGCUGUUGGUUUGGCCUUCUGGCUCAAGGUCGGCUUCAGUGGGUUAUGGUUCGGGCUCCUGUCGGCUCAAGCGGCCUGUGCCAUUUCGAUUCUGUAUGUCAUAUUCAAGUGCAUAGAUUGGGAAGUGGAAACUUUGAAAGCAUCUAAGCUAACUAGCUUGGAAAUGAGCAAACAAAAUACUGAUGAAGAGAAAAAAGAACUGUUAGUUUUAGAAAAUGAAAACAUUGAUAAUGCUCUCUAG